UGAUAAUGUAAACAUGUUUCUACCUGUGAACUUUUGGAUAUCCCGCCGCAACGCAAAAAUAUAAAAGUAUUAAUUUAUCAAUUUAUUAGAAUACUUAUUUUAAAAUGGCAGAGCUGUACUCUUAUAAAAGGUAUGAAAAAUCACUUGGAUUGCUUACAACGAGGUUCGUGUCUUUACUUAAAAAAGCAAAGGAUGGAGUUUUAGAUUUAAAAAUCGCAACUGAUUUAUUGGCAGUAAGACAAAAACGGCGCAUUUAUGAUAUAACUAACGUUCUAGAGGGAAUUGGUUUGAUAGAAAAGCGAAGUAAGAAUAGUAUACAAUGGAAGGGUGCCAGUCCAGAUGGAAAUACAUCAGAAAUUGGUAAAAAAGUGACACUUCUAAGGAAACAAAUAGGUCUUUUGGAGGAACAUGAAGAGUUAUUAGACAAGCAAAUGCACUGGAUUGAGCAAAGUAUAAAGAAUGUCAUAGAUGAUGCUGAUAAUGAUGCUUUGUCUUAUGUGACUCAAAAUGAUGUAAAAAACUGUUUCCAUGAUAGUCAAGUGCUUGUAUUGGAAGCACCACUUGGGGCCAAUUUAUCAGUUGGGCAAUUAGAUGAGGGUGCAGGCGAAGAUCAGUAUUUUCUACAUUUAAAAUCAAAUGAACCUGUUGGUGUUAUACUUUUGUGUGAUGUUGAAAAGGAUAAGAUUGUAGAUGACGAUACUAUGGAUGAGGAAGUAGAAUGGUAUGGGGAUAGUGGGACUACAAAUUCACAAGAAUACCUUUUAAGGCUAAGCCCGCCAGUAACAAAACAGGAUUUCUCAUUUUCUCUAUAUGGUACUGAAGGACUAUGUGACUUAUUUGAUAUUCCAUAUCCUAAUCAAUAGGACAAUUAAUAUUAAAUCAUAUGACAUUUAUUAUAGUUCAUUGUUAAACUUUUUUUUAUAUUAAUAUUUGUGAUCAAGUUUAAAAUUUAUAAUGAAAAUGUAAAUAGUAUAUAGUGUAUACAAUUUAUGAAUAAGAAAAAAAAACUUUUAUAUUAAAAAGAAAGUAAUUUUAUUGUUGUUUAACCUUGGGUUUUGAUAUAAAUCUGUCCAAAACUCCAAAUGAUUGGUUUGGGCUUUGAAAUUUUAUCUUCUUCUGGUUGUUUAAGAAUCUUCUUUGCUUCUAUUGAUUGGUUGAUAAAUUUCUGAAAGUAAAAAUAAUCCUUUGAAUGUAUAGUCUUACAGACAAGCCAUAAUAAAAAGUUCAAAACCUUGUUUAAUCAAUUAACUGUUACCAGUAUUUAAAAACUAUGUAUGUGAAUCAUUUAAGUCUGGCAUAAAAAAGUACCUUUCGAGCUGCAUCUUUUAUAAUUUUCUUUCUUGCAAUGUUAGUCUUUCCUUUCUUCUUGUGUUUUGGUGUAAAGUCCACAUUUUUAGGUUUCAGGUACUAAAAGGAAGAUAAAAUUUGUCCACAUUAUAAAUAAAAACUAAACCAUAGUCAUUUGCACACAGACAAAUUUGUCUAUAAAAUACUUCAUAAAUUAAGAAAUACAAACCAAAAGGUUAUUGCGAGCCUCCACUUUGUCCUGCAUUGAUGGCAAAUCUACCUCCAUAACCUCAAAUGGAUUAAGAGUGAUAAUUUCUGCAGGUAUCUUUUCAAGUAAUGCCUUGACUUCUGCCUCCUUCCUUUGUUUCUUAUUUUGGAAUGGAUUACUUUCCAGAGCAUCAAAGUUAGGUUCACCACUGCCUGUGGAAUGAUUUAAAAUUUUUAACAAUAGUAUUACUAUGAAGAACAAAAAUAUAUCAAAUUAAUAUAAUUUGUUGUAAAUAUAUACAUAUGUGCAAUAAAAUUUUAAUAAUUAGUA